AUGGCUGCUGUGGCUAUGGCCGCGGCCCAGAACCAGGAAAAUCCCCUGGGCGAAGACGCCCACUUCAUCUGCCAUGAUGCCCAGACCAUCGGAGUGGCGGACGGCGUCGGCGGCUGGGCCAGGAAAGGCGUCGACGCCGGCGAGUACGCUAGGGGACUCAUGGACCACGCCAAGAAAACAGCCACGGACAUAACCAGAUCCUCCACCGCCGCCGUCGAUCCAAGAAAGGUGUUGAAUGAAGCCUACGCGAACAAUGCUGGAGUACAAGGGUCGUCGACGGCUUGCAUCCUCAGCCUCGACAAGGAGCGUGGGACCCGAAGAAGGCUCUGUAAUUUGAAUGCACAAGAGAAAAUUACACUUGAAUGUGUGUACAUGCAUGAGCUUUUGUGGAUGAAGGCAUGA